AUGGACGAGCUGCAGAAGUUGGAGUACCUCUCGCUGGUCUCGAAAAUCUGCACGGAACUGGAUAACCACUUGGGCAUUAACGACAAGGACCUGGCCGAGUUUAUCAUCGAUUUGGAAAACAAAAACCGCACGUACGACUCUUUUCGCAAGGCUCUUUUGGAGAAUGGAGCUGAAUUCCCAGACUCUCUGGUCCAGAACCUGCAGCGCAUCAUUAAUCUAAUGCGCCCCAGUCGCCCUGGCGACGCCAGCGAAGAAAAAUCCGGGGGCGACAAGAAGGAGGAAAAGAAAUCAAAACUAAUGAAAUUGUUUCCCGGCUUGGCUUUGCCCAAUGACAAGUUUAGCAACAAAGAGUGCAGCGAGAAUGACGAAAAAGAGGAGAAACCCGCUAAGGAGCGUACCGGUGCACACAAAAAAUCCGAUAUGAGCGAUGUAGAUGCAGCCAUGUUGGAGCUAGAAGCUCUGGCCCCAGGGGAAGGCAAAGCAGAGGUUACUCAGCACAAGGAGUCAAGUUCCAGGGAUCGACACAGACACAGAAGCAGAGAUCGCGAACGAGACACCAAAAGACGCAGCAGAUCGCGGGAGGAUAGGCACUCAGAUCGCCGCAGAAGCAGGUCGAGAGACAAGGAACGCCGUAGGCGCAGCAGAUCACGUGAAAAUCGCCGAAGAAGCCGGUCUCGCGAGGAUCGCGAUCGUGAUAGGGAUCGUCGUCGCAGAAGAUCCAGCUCUAGGGAUCGUCAUGACCGGCGUCGACGCAGUCGCUCUCGAUCUACAGAACGCAGGGACAGAAGAGAACGGUCCAAGGAUCGCGAUCGCAGCGAGAAAAUGCCCCCACCGACCACAGCUAUGACCGAUGAUCCGGAGGCAGGGAAAAUCUAUUCCGGUAAGGUAGCGAAUAUCGUCCCCUUCGGUUGCUUUGUUCAGCUCUUUGGUCUGCGCAAACGGUGGGAAGGAUUAGUGCACAUCUCACAGCUAAGAGCAGAAGGUCGAGUGACGGAUGUUACCGAAGUGGUUAGCCGGAACCAGACGGUUAAAGUGAAGGUGAUGUCUGUAACGGGCCAAAAGGUAUCGCUCUCCAUGAAGGAAGUGGACCAGGACUCUGGUCGGGAUCUUAAUCCUCUGUCUCACGCUCCCGAAGACGACGAAUCUCUCAGAGAUCGCAAUCCCGAUGGACCCUUCAGCAGCAGCACUUCCAUGCUGAAUUUGCAGGGCAAUGGCUUGGAUGGGGAUGAGCACGAGUCCAGGAAGCGUGUGACCAGGAUAUCCAGUCCGGAACGUUGGGAAAUCAAGCAGAUGAUUAGUUCCGGCGUGCUGGACAGGAGCGAGAUGCCAGACUUCGAUGAGGAAACCGGACUGCUGCCGAAAGAUGAGGAUGAUGAGGCUGAUAUUGAAAUUGAGAUUGUGGAAGAGGAGCCACCCUUCCUUUCCGGGCACGGUAGAGCCUUACAUGAUCUAUCACCCGUAAGGAUUGUCAAAAACCCUGAUGGCUCUCUUGCCCAAGCUGCCAUGAUGCAGUCGGCUUUAUCAAAAGAACGUCGCGAGCAGAAAAUGUUGCAGCGCGAACAGGAAAUGGAAGCUCUGCCCACGAGCCUUAAUAAAAACUGGAUCGAUCCGUUGCCAGAGGAAGAGAGUUCUCGAAGCCUGGCGGCCAAUAUGCGAGGGAUGGGAGCCGCUCCCGCUGAAGUUCCGGAAUGGAAGAAGCAUGUUAUUGGCGGUAAAAAGUCCUCCUUUGGCAAGAAAACCGAUCUGACGCUGGUCGAGCAGCGCCAGUCGUUGCCCAUUUACAAGUUGCGAGACGAUCUGAUCAAGGCCGUCACGGACAACCAAAUUCUUAUUGUCAUCGGAGAAACUGGUUCCGGCAAAACCACACAGAUUACCCAGUACUUGGGCGAAUGCGGAUUUACUGCCAGAGGGAAGAUAGGCUGCACACAACCCAGAAGAGUGGCUGCCAUGUCGGUGGCCAAGCGAGUGGCGGAGGAGUAUGGUUGCCGUUUGGGCCAGGAAGUUGGCUACACCAUUCGUUUUGAAGACUGCACCAGUCCGGAGACAAUAGUGAAGUACAUGACAGACGGUAUGUUGCUUCGUGAGUGUCUAAUGGAGGCGGAGUUGAAAAGCUAUUCGGUGAUAAUGUUGGACGAAGCUCACGAACGAACAAUCCACACUGAUGUGCUCUUUGGUUUACUAAAGACAGCCGUGCAAAAACGGCCUGAGCUGAAGCUUAUUGUCACAUCGGCUACCUUGGAUGCGGUGAAGUUUUCGCAGUACUUUUUCAAAGCGCCUAUCUUUACAAUUCCUGGAAGAACGUUCCCCGUGGAAGUUUUGUAUACUAAAGAACCUGAAACUGACUAUCUGGACGCAUCCCUAAUCACAGUGAUGCAGAUCCAUUUGCGCGAACCACCUGGUGACAUUCUGCUCUUCCUUACGGGUCAGGAGGAGAUCGACACUGCCUGCGAGAUUCUGUAUGAACGGAUGAAGAGUUUAGGUCCAGAUGUUCCCGAGUUAAUUAUCCUGCCUGUGUACUCCGCCUUGCCGUCGGAGAUGCAGACGCGGAUCUUUGAUCCUGCGCCUGCUGGAAGUCGCAAAGUUGUAAUAGCCACCAACAUCGCCGAAACUUCUCUGACAAUUGAUGGCAUUUUCUACGUGGUGGAUCCGGGUUUUGUGAAACAGAAGGUGUACAACUCAAAAACUGGCAUGGAUUCGCUGGUGGUCACCCCAAUUUCACAGGCGGCUGCCAAACAGCGAGCGGGAAGAGCCGGCCGUACGGGUCCUGGGAAAACCUAUCGCCUCUACACAGAGCGUGCAUAUCGAGAUGAAAUGCUGCCCACUCCAGUGCCGGAAAUUCAGCGAACAAAUCUGGCCACCACUGUACUGCAACUUAAAACAAUGGGAAUAAACGAUUUGUUGCACUUCGACUUUAUGGAUGCCCCGCCUGUGGAAUCUUUGGUGAUGGCGCUGGAGCAGUUGCACUCUCUGUCAGCAUUGGAUGACGAAGGAUUGCUAACGCGACUUGGCAGACGCAUGGCUGAAUUCCCUCUCGAGCCGAAUCUCUCUAAGAUGCUCAUCAUGUCGGUGGCUUUGCAAUGUUCUGAUGAGAUCCUGACUAUAGUUUCAAUGCUCAGUGUGCAGAAUGUGUUUUACAGGCCAAAGGACAAGCAAGCGUUGGCGGACCAAAAGAAAGCUAAAUUCAAUCAGGCGGAAGGUGACCAUCUGACCCUGCUGGCCGUCUACAACAGUUGGAAGAACAACAAAUUCUCGAAUGCCUGGUGCUACGAGAACUUUGUACAGAUCCGAACCCUGAAACGCAGCCAGGAUGUGAGGAAGCAACUGCUAGGAAUUAUGGACAGGCACAAAUUGGAUGUGGUAUCCGCCGGAAAGAACUCUGUUCGAAUUCAGAAGGCUAUCUGCUCCGGAUUCUUCCGCAACGCAGCUAAGAAGGAUCCGCAGGAAGGCUAUCGAACCCUGGUCGACUCCCAGGUGGUUUACAUCCAUCCGUCAAGUGCACUCUUUAACCGUCAGCCGGAAUGGGUUAUCUACCACGAGUUGGUGCAGACCACGAAGGAGUAUAUGCGUGAAGUAACCACCAUCGAUCCCAAGUGGCUGGUGGAAUUUGCUCCGUCUUUCUUCCGCUUCUCGGAUCCCACGAAGCUCAGCAAAUUCAAGAAGAACCAGCGCCUGGAGCCACUGUACAAUAAGUACGAGGAGCCCAAUGCCUGGCGUAUCUCACGCGUUCGGCGGCGUCGCAAUUAAUGGACUAAAACCGAUUAUGUGUGUAAUCUUUUUGUAUUUUAGACGCUUAGAAAUAUAAUUUAAGUUUAAACUUCA